CCCCGUUCGUCCCCAAAAUCAGUCUCUCUCCCUAAAACCCUGAGGUAGAAAGAAGAACAGAGAAUGGCGUUCAGAGCAGUGAUACGGAAAUCGGCAUCUUUGGCCCCACUCGUCGGUCGAGCUAUUGGUCGUGUUGAGGCUCGCCGGAGCUUUGGUUCGGCAAUCCUCACCGCCGCAGGCCGUCGCCGUGGCUGUCUCUGCGGGAGAGGACACCCUGCUGGGUCUUAUUUAUGCGGCUAUUCUACAGCUGUUGUGAGCAAAAAGCCCGCUGCCGCUGAGUCGCUUCUUCGAAUUGUCGAGGAUGAAAUUAAGGCAGCUCAGGAGACUGAUGAUCACGAUCGGGUUGAGGAUGUUCCAGAAGGUUUCCCUUUCAAGAUUGAGGAUAACCUGGGUCAACAGACACUAAUACUGACAAGACAGUACGAUGGUGAACAUAUGAAAGUUGAGGUGCACAUGCCUGAUCUUGUCACCGGUGAAGAGAAUGAUGUUCGAGAUGACGAUGAUGACGAUACCGAGAGGCCAACUCAGUCUAGCCUCCCUUUGGUUGUCACUGUUACCAAGAAGAGUGGAAUCUCUUUGGAGUUCAGCUGUGUUGCUUUUGCAGAUGAGAUUGCAAUUGACAGCUUGUCGGUCAAGAAACCGGAAAAAGAUUCUGAAGAAAUGGCGUAUGAAGGACCAAACUUCCAUGAUUUGGAUGAGAAUCUGAAGAAUGCUUUCCACAAGUAUUUGGAGAUACGCGGAAUCAAGCCCAGCACAACCAAUUUCCUCCACGAGUACAUGAUCAACAAAGACAGUAAAGAGUAUUUGGGCUGGUUGAACGAACUCAAGACAUUCGUGGAGGCGUGAGAGUUUCUCAAAAUCAUUUCUUCGAUCUCGUUGAUUGAAGAAAUCUCGUGUUCAACACCCUGUAGGUUUCUGAAUACAAAGUUGAGAUGCUGUCAUCAGUCAUCAACAGUAAUAGUUUUUUCACAUGUAACCAGAUGUUAUAUCAGGUUACUUCAUAGGUGGCUUUGGUGUAUAAGUAGGAACUUUGGCUCGGAGUGUGUACUCUGCUUAUGCUGCUUCUACUAGCAAAACCGUCUUUUUGCCAUUUGGUGAACACAUACUAUAUUGAGGAAUCUAAGGUUCUAUGUUUCAAAGAGCUUUACGUUGUUGAUUUCUUCUUUGGUAUCCGAUUUAUUGAUAUAGGAGAAUCUGAUUAAGA